UGCCCCAAAUGUAUAAAGGUAAUGUAAUCUAUGUACAGCUAUGUAAAAACAAAGCAGUGUAAGAGGGAUGUUAAGGGAGAGAAAAUGUGUAUGUAUCUGUCUGUCUGUGGGAAUAUGUGAGGUUUGUAAAACUCCUGUUUUGUAAGUUUAAGAUAAAUUGGUUUUGUUUUGUUUAUAAUGCCACUAAAAAUCCAUUUGACUCUUUAAUUCAAAGUUGCAAAACUGACAGACCUUUUUGCCAGACACAGGUAAUCAGUGUUGGUUGACUUUGAGAUUUGGUAUUUAACCCUUAAGGGGUAACUUGAUUCUUUACAAAAUUUAAAUGUUUUCAAAUAAAGACCAAGUCAUGACUGCAGCAGGACAGUCAAAAUCAGAAAAAUAGGGAGAGAUUCUGGAUUCUGUUUGUUUGUUUGUUUGUUUUUGUAACAAAAUAGCAAAUGAAAGCUGUAGGAAAAGAAUAAAGACAGUGGCCCUCUGAAGCAACAGCAGGGGUGAGGUGCACAAAACAAAAAGAAGCAAUGUUAGAAACACUGAGCCUUAAAAUGGCUCUGUGUAAUCAGACUGUCUCUUUGAUAAGGGUACAUAAAACUCUGUAAGAACAAAAGAAACAGUUACACCUUAUGUAAAAAUUAAUAUAGCUAAUGUUUUAAAAGUUAAAGUAUAGAAGGAAUGUGCAGACGUGUGCAGUGUAUAUUAUAGAGGGGGUAAAAGAAAUGCAAACGAAACAUGCUACUUAAUUAAAAUCCUAUUAGGGCUCCAAAGGAGCUACAAUAGACUGUGUUUUCUUUUUCAGAUCUGUGUGUGUUUUGGAAGCAAGAGUUAAAAGUAAUCAAAACUCUGGUAAAAGUUAAUUGUGUUCCUUUUAAGACAGAGUCUCUGAGCUCUGCUAAUGGUUUUGAAUCCAAAAGCCAAGCCUGUGAUGAUGCAAAUUAUCUAACUGAUAAAGGAAGUGAGAGAACUGCCAGCACAAAGAAGUUGCAGAUAAAGAACAUACCUGAAAAAGCUAAUAUCAGCUACAGGACAACCUAAUAAGAAACAAAUAAAAGUGGGUAUGCUUAUCCAUGCCUGUUGCUCCAAAGCCCUGUAGUAAAUACAUCUCACUAGGAUCCUGUAUGUGGGAUAAAAUGAAUAAUGAGACCAAAGUACUGUAUAAUGGGCUAUGUGUAUGUGUUAAUUCUUGGGGGGGAAAGUGUUUUAAAAAAAUGGAAGUGUUAGCAACCAUCCAAUAGACAUAUGUAAAUGUAAUAUAAGUAAUGUGUUUACAAAAGGUAAAAAGGUAACAUAGUUCCUAAAACAAACAAAAGGGCAAUGUGGGAAACCAAACCAUUCAUAUUAUACAUGCAAAUGGCAACAUGUUAAGAAUUGCCACUGCAGAAAGACAUAACAGCUUACCAUUGGUAUAAUAUAUUUUCUGAAUGGUCUCCCACAACUAGUGGCGUACUAAUGUUACUAACCCUAAUUGUUUUUGAUUUUAAAUUAUAUGUGUUUAAUUGUAACGUUUGAAAUGUGCUGUUGGAUAAAACAAAUGUAUGCAAAGCUAGAGCCACAGGCCCAAAUCACCUCCCAGUAUUUUCUAUUACGUGGACUAAAUAAGAAGUGACACUAGCGAUUAAUAAUCUUAGUGUCAAAAGUGGGAUAUGUAGGAGCAGGAUCUUAUAAUGUCCCAUAAGAAUUAAUGUAUGAUUUGAUUUCAUCCCUGUCAGCCACCCUUUUUGAAUAGCAGAAAGGAAUGACAGACCAGAACAAUCCUUAUGACUGAUUAUGGUCACCCUUUUGUUUUAGAAUAAGUUAUAAUGUCUACUAUGGUUUCCUAUAUGUGUUACAGAGUAGGCCUCUAGUUAAAUAUACAUUUUUUUGUUUUAAGGUUUAGUAAGUAAGAAACAGGAUUCUCUAUUGUGUCUAUGUUAAGUAGAUUAGAGGAACAUUGAAGGCCUGGGGCUCAAUGUAAAUUGUCUUGGUUAUUGAUUGUAAAACUUAGCAAGGUUUAAUUUGCAAUGCCUUUUUGCUCCAUAUAAAAUACUACUGUUUGUAUUCUCAAUCUGUGUGAAUAAGGAAUGUAUGCAUCAGGAAAAGAUAAGGUGUGAAGGCCAUUGUUAUAGGCAGAGUCAAGGAAGAAGAAAGAAUCAUCAGAUACUGCUUACUAUCCAGAUGGCUGUUAAACUGUCUGGCAUCACAGCGUGCAUACAUGCUUCGCAGUGUAAGAAGGCACCCACCAGCAAACCAAUCACCUCAGGACCAUGCAGAGUCAAUUUUGACUCCAGAAGAAGACGUAGAGGAACAGCCUGCAAUACCUUACCAUCUACGCUCUCGUAAGGGUUGCCAGAAUCAGACGAGGACCUAAAGCAAGGCCCAAAAAGAAGCAGUAAUGAGCCUAGCGCCUGCUGCCUGGUGGAUGUAAAACCGUGACUGCUGUUCCCUCAGUUGAGGUUGUCAGAACCGGAAGGGCCUUGCCUCCAACAUGAGCCUCUGGUGGCGCCUGUUCCUCGGCUGCUGGUGUCUUAAGGUCUGGGGAGUCCACAAUGACAAUUCUUUUAUCCAGCAGCAAGUGUGGAUAGCUCAGACUCUUAAUAUUUCUAAUUGCUGGGUCUGCAGCCACAUCCCAGCUCACUCUCAAGCUGGUGUUCCUGUCCUGGCAAUCCCAUUCAAUUCCCCAGACCUCACUGGAGGACCUCGUCCGUUUAACAAAACAUGGAACAAUAAUGACACUUGGGAAGCAGUGGGAAUAAAUGUAUCUAAAUGGGUAAGUGUGAUGGAGGGAAAAGGUCAUUGGUGUUGGGUGUAUAAUGGGACAGGGCUGGAUCUGGGAAAAAGUCAUUGCCUUCAGCAUAUUGUGGCCAAUGGUGUAUGGGAUUAUUUGAACAAAACUAAAGAGUGGCGGGCCGGGUAUGGGGAUAUGAAUUUUUUCUCGACCUGGGAUCAAACAGAAAAAUCAAUCUCCUGUUCCCCCUACAGUAACCUUAGUGAAAACAAUACAAUCUUUCAAUGCCAUGCAAAUAACACCACUCCUCGUAAGGAGAAUUACCCUGUACCCUUCGGAGGAUAUUACUCCUCCUUUGUAGGCACCUAUGUGACAAAUGGGUGCAACCGACCCUUCCCAGCCUUAAUAGGCCAUCAUUGGGUUUGUGGGACCAAAGCUUAUACUGUGUUACCAGCUAACUGGUCAGGUAUCUGUUAUCCCGCCCGACUCUUCCCACAAUUCCGAGUGCUAGGGUCUUUCCCACGAGAAUGCCUUCGUAAUUUCAGGCGAAGAAGAAGGGACUUAUCAGAUGCCCAAUGGUAUGUAAAUAACAUAAGCCCCUUGACCUGGGAAGAGGCCAUUGGCAGUUCCCUUAUCCCACUUGGGGGAGUAAUACACCAUGCAAAAAGGCUCCUAAGGUUACAAGCAGUAGUUGAAAUAAUGGCAAAUGAAACCGGAGAGAGUUUAAAGACCCUGGCCAAAGAAACAGGGGCGAUCCCACAGAUGGCCCUCCAAAACCGUCAGGCAUUGGACAUAGUGCUGGCAGCCAAAGGAGGGACCUGUGCUCUCAUUGGAAAAGAAUGUUGUGUGUUCAUACCUGACGACACCAAUGAGGUAAUAGAUCGCGCUAGUCACUUAGAACAAAUUGCAUAUCUUCCCCAUGAAGAGCCAAGUUAUUUAUGGAAGUGGCUAAGUAACCUAUUCAAUUUCUCUGGCAUAGGAAACUGGUUGUUUCAGGGAGCCCUGACUAUCCUGUGUGGAAUCCUAAUGAUUUUUGUAUGUUUUCAGUUAAUCUCCUGUUGUAUCCAGAACUGUGUAAGGUAUGCCACGCAGGUGACUGCCCCAAAACAGAGUGCUAAUAUGAUGAUGUCAAAUAUCACUGAUGAACGAAGAGAUAAAGAACUAUUAAUAUGUGGAACCCAAUAAUUGUUGGUCUUUGCGUAAGCUUGACCAAAAGGAGGGAUUGUGAAAGUGAAAUGAAUUAUAUUAAAGAAAUAGAAUGAAUUAAAGAAUGCUGUAUGUACCUUUAAGUAGAAAUGAGAAAUGCUGCAAGCCAGGGGGGCAGGAACGCAGACAUUAACUGCUUAACUUGCCACUUAAGGGCAGUUGGUGAAGCAUUAGUCUUAGAUCGAUAAGAGUUAACAAGGAAGCAGGAUAUGCAUAUUGUGCUCCAUGCAUAUUUUACAAUUUUGCUCUCUCUGUCCCUUUGUUUAGUUCGCACCCUUUUAUCUGUAUAAAGAAGACUGAAUCUUGCAUGGAGGCUCACAUUAUCUGAAUGUAUUAGCAGA